AACAGUUGGAGAGCUGAGAUUUUGUAAGGGACUUUGUAGCAUGUUCUCUCUUGUAGGCUACGUUUACAUAUAGCCUACCAUAGUCAUCAGUCCAGCAUAAGAUUUUCAGAUCAGCAGUAGUCAGACCCACCUUCUAUGGUCCACGGUGUGAAGGCUCAAUGUCUCCACCCCGUCUUACCGGCGCUCUGCGCUCCUUUUCCAAUGUCACCAAGAAAGAGGACAUCCCAGACGAUGAGUAUGACCUGAAGGCCAAGCGUCUGAAGAGACAGAGACGAUUCGCCAAAGAGGGUCUCACCUGGCAGAAGAUCGUCCAGUUUUUCACCCAGCACCUGGACAAGAAAGACCAGCAGACCGCUCAACAGGAGCUUAAAAGUGUCCUACAGUCUGCUAAACAUAUAGUUGGGACGGACCAUGGCCAGGACGCCAUCGAGAGCGCGGCCGUCUUCCUGUUCGAGACGCUCCUGGGCCGGGAGCAGCUGGGUGCGGAGGAGACCCGCGCCGUCCGCCACAUGUUCGGCCCCUUCCCCGCCACCGCCGCCGAAGCCUGCCUGGCGUCCGUGUCGCGCCUCACGGCCUCCGCCGGCGAGGUGCAGACGGAGGCGUUCGUCCAGACCCAGAACGCCGGCCGCAACUCCGGCGCCGCCGCCGCCAACGCCUUCGGACGCAACAUCGCCUUCUCCCACGACGGCUACACGCUGGACAGCCACGAGCCCCCGCCCUGGCUGGACGUCCCCGAAGAGGACACCGUCGGCCUGGGCUUCCAGGGCUUCCUGAACAACCACGUGGGCGGUGGACGAGGCCAGGCGGCCGGUGGCGGGGCACAGGCGGCGGGCGGUGGUGGUGCGGGCCGAGGGGCGGCGGCGGUGGGAGACGCCGGUGCGUGCGUCCUCAGGGACGAGGUGGAGAAGUACCAGAACGCGGGGAACAUGACCUCCUCCAGCCCCGAGGAGCUCUGCACCUCCCUGUUUGAGAUGCUGGCCUCGCAGAAGAGCGACGAAGAGCUGCAGAACGAGCUGUUUGAGUUCCUGGGUGCUGACGGCUUUGAGGUGAUCCUGACCCUGCUCCAGCGGCGCUCGGACAUCGUCGACUCCCUGCUGGCCAUGCCUCCUGAGAAGAGGGUCAACUUUGUCCCAGGCGAUCCGGAGGGCGGGCGGCCGGCCUACGGCUGCCAGGUGACCAUCCAGUCGGAGCAGGAGCGGCAGAUGAUGAAGAUGUACCGGCGCGAGGAGAAGCGCGAGAGGCGGCGCGAGAGACGGGGAGACGACGGGGUCAUGGAGUACGCCGAGGCCAGCUUCUCUUUCGACCCCAAGGAGAUGAGGCAACAAAGAGAGCAGGCCCUGCUCACUGCCCGGCGGUCACCAGUGCUCGUACGCCACCGAGAGCCGGAGAGGAUCCGCUACCCAAACGUGUACGACUCAUUCGCCGAGGCCACCAAAACUUCUGCCUUUGUGGGAGGAUCUAAGUUGAUGCUUCCAGAGGGGAUUCGGCGGGACAACUGCAAGAUGUACGAGGAGGUGGAGAUCCCGCCCACAGAGCCCAUGCCCGUCGGAUUCGAGGAGAAGCCUAUCUACAUCUCCGAUCUGGACGAGAUUGGUCAGCUGGUGUUUAAGGGCAUGCAGCGUCUGAACCGGAUCCAGUCCAUCGUCUUCGAGACGGCGUACAACACCAACGAGAACCUGCUCAUCUGCGCCCCUACCGGCGCGGGCAAGACCAACAUCGCCAUGCUCACCGUGCUGCACGAGAUCCGCCAGCACCUGCAGCCGGGAGGCGUCAUCCGCAAAGACCAGUUCAAGAUAGUGUACGUGGCUCCUAUGAAGGCCCUGGCAGCAGAGAUGACUAACUACUUCAGCAAGCGUCUGGAGCCGCUGGGCAUCUCGGUCAAAGAGCUCACCGGAGACAUGCAGCUCACCAAGGGAGAGAUACUGCGCACUCAGAUCCUGGUGACCACGCCGGAGAAGUGGGACGUGGUGACGCGCAAGAGCGUGGGCGACGUGGCGCUCUCGCAGGUGGUGAAGCUGCUCAUCCUGGACGAGGUGCACCUGCUCCACGAGGACCGAGGCCCCGUGCUGGAGAGCCUGGUGGCCCGCACCCUCCGACAGGUGGAGUCCACCCAGAGCAUGAUCCGGAUCCUGGGCCUGUCGGCCACGCUGCCCAACUACCUGGACGUGGCCGCGUUCCUGCACGUGAACCCCUACAUCGGCCUCUUCUACUUCGACAGCCGCUUCCGCCCCGUGCCCCUCGGCCAGAGCUUUGUGGGCAUCAAGGCCACCAGCAAGGUCCAGCAGCUGCACGACAUGGAGGAGGUGUGCUAUGAAAACGUCCUGAAACAAAUCAGAAAUGGACACCAGGUGAUGGUGUUCGUACACGCCCGUAACUCCACGGUGCGCACAGCCAUGAACCUGAUCGAGAUGGCCAAGAACCGGGGCGAGGUGUCCUUCUUCCAGGUGGACCACGGACCCGACUACGGCCAGUGUGAGAAGCAGGUGCAGCGCUCGCGUAACAAGCAGCUGCGGGAGAUAUUCCCCGAGGGCUUCGGGAUCCACCACGCCGGCAUGCUGCGGCCCGACCGCACCCUGAUGGAGAACAUGUUCUCCAGGGGGUACCUGAAGGUUCUAGUGUGCACUGCCACGCUGGCCUGGGGAGUCAACCUGCCCGCACACGCAGUCAUCAUCAAGGGCACGCAGAUCUACGAUGCCAAGCGGGGCACGCUGGUGGACCUGGGCAUCCUGGACGUGAUGCAGAUCUUCGGGCGCGCCGGCCGUCCCCAGUUCGACAAGUACGGCGAGGGCACCAUCAUCACCACGCACGACAAGCUGAGCCACUACCUCACGCUGCUCACCCAGCAGAACCCCAUCGAGAGCCAGUUCCAGCAGAGCCUCGCCGACAACCUCAACGCUGAGGUCGCCCUGGGGACGGUGACCAACAUAGAGGAGGCAGUCAAGUGGCUCAGCUACACCUACCUGUAUGUGAGAAUGAGGGCGAACCCUCUGGUCUACGGCAUCAGCUACAAGGCCUGCCAGUCGGACCCAGGUCUGGCGAUGUACCGGCAGGAGCUGGUGGUGGAGGCCGGUCGUAAGCUGGACAAGGCCCGCAUGAUCCGCUUCGAGGAGCGCACCGGCUACUUCCACUCCACUGACCUGGGCCGCACCGCCAGCCACUUCUACAUCAAAUACAACACCAUAGAGACGUUUAAUGACAUGUUCAGCCCCCAGAGGACAGAAGCAGACAUCCUGAGCAUUGUGUCCAAGGCGGAGGAGUUUGAGCAGGUCAAGGUGCGUGACGAGGAGAUGGAGGAGCUGGAGAGGCUGCUGACUGACUGCUGUGAGCUGCCGGCGGCUGGCGGGGUGGAGAACGGCUACGGCAAGAUCAACAUCCUCCUGCAGACCUACAUCGGCCGCGGGGAGGUGGACAGCUUCUCGCUCAUAUCCGACCUGUCCUACGUGGCCCAGAACGCGGCACGAAUCGUGCGGGCGCUCUUCGAGAUCGCCCUGCGGAAGCGCUGGCCAGCCAUGACGUACCGGCUGCUGAACCUGUGCAAGGUGAUCGACAAGCGCCUGUGGGGCUGGGCCCACCCGCUGCGCCAGUUCACCGCGCUGCCGCACACCGUGCUCGGACGCCUGGAGGACCGCAACCUCAGCGUGGACAAGCUCAAGGACAUGAGCAAGGACGAGAUCGGUCACAUGCUGCACCAUGUGAACAUCGGUCCGAAGGUGAAGCAGGCUGUGCACCAGAUCCCGGCCAUCCUGAUGGAGGCCAGCAUCCAGCCAAUCACACGCACCGUGCUCCGCGUACGCCUCUCCGUCACCCCCGACUUCCGCUGGAACGACCAGGUGCACGGCUCAGUGGGGGAGCCCUGGUGGCUGUGGGUGGAGGACCCCGUCAACGACCACAUCUACCACUCGGAGUACUUCCUGCUGCAGAAGAAACAGGUGGUGUCAGGCGAGCCGCAGCAGGUGGUCUUCACCAUCCCCAUCUUUGAGCCCAUGCCGUCGCAGUACUACAUCAGAGCCGUGUCCGACCGCUGGCUCGGCUCCGAGGCCGUGUGUGUCAUCAACUUCCAGCAUCUCAUUCUGCCCGAGAGACACCCACCUCACACAGAACUGCUGGACCUGCAGCCGUUGCCGGUGACGGCCCUGGGUAACCGCGAGUACGAGAGCCUGUACCGCUUCACCCACUUCAACCCCAUCCAGACGCAGAUCUUCCACACGCUGUACCACACCGACACCAACGUGCUGCUGGGCGCGCCCACGGGCUCGGGCAAGACCAUCGCCGCCGAGCUGGCCAUCUUCCGCGUCUUCAACCAGUACCCCACCUCCAAGGUGGUCUACAUCGCCCCGCUCAAGGCCCUGGUGCGCGAGAGGAUCGAGGACUGGAAGAUCAGGAUCGAGGAGAAGCUGGGCCGCAAGGUGGUAGAGUUGACGGGUGACGUGACUCCCGACAUGCGUCAGAUCUCUAAGGCGGACCUGAUCGUCACCACGCCAGAGAAGUGGGACGGCGUGAGCCGCAGUUGGCAGAACCGCAGCUACGUGCAGAAAGUGGCCAUCCUCAUCAUCGACGAGAUCCACCUACUCGGGGAGGACAGAGGCCCUGUUCUGGAGGUCAUAGUGUCCAGGACCAACUUCAUCUCCUCACACACGUCCAAGCCGGUGCGCGUGGUGGGGCUGUCCACAGCGCUGGCCAACGCCCGCGACCUGGCCGACUGGCUGGGCAUUCAACAGGUGGGCUUGUUUAAUUUCCGUCCAUCUGUGCGUCCUGUGCCGUUGGAGGUGCACAUCCAGGGUUUCCCAGGGCAACACUACUGUCCUCGCAUGGCCAGCAUGAACAAACCUGUGUUUCAAGCCAUCCGCAGCCACUCUCCGGCCAAGCCUGUGUUGAUCUUCGUGUCGUCACGGCGACAGACGCGUCUGACCGCCCUGGACCUGAUUGCCUUCCUGGCGACCGAGGACGACCCCAAGCAGUGGCUGCACCAGGACGAGCACACGAUGACUGACAUCAUCGCCACGGUGCGCGAGUCCAACCUGAAGCUGACGCUGGCCUUUGGCAUCGGCCUGCAUCACGCCGGACUCCACGAGCGAGACCGCCGGACCGUGGAGGAGCUCUUCGUCAACUGCAAGAUCCAGGUGCUUAUUGCCACCAGUACCUUGGCAUGGGGCGUGAACUUCCCUGCCCACCUGGUCGUAGUAAAGGGCACGGAGUACUUUGACGGCAAAACACACCGCUACGUUGAUUAUCCCAUUACAGAUGUGCUGCAGAUGAUGGGUCGUGCUGGGCGUCCUCAGUUUGAUGACCAGGGUAAAGCGGUCAUCCUGGUGCACGACAUCAAGAAGGACUUCUACAAGAAGUUCCUGUACGAGCCCUUCCCAGUGGAGUCCAGCCUGCUGGGUGUGUUGUCGGACCAUUUGAACGCUGAGAUCGCCUCAGGCACCAUUGGCUCAAAGCAGGACGCCAUGGACUACAUCACCUGGACCUACUUCUUCCGUCGCCUCGUCAUGAACCCCAGCUAUUAUGAGUUGGAUGACAUCAGUAAUGACACUAUCAACAAAUACUUGUCCAACCUGGUCGAGAGAAGCCUGCGUGAUUUGGAGUGCUCUUACUGUAUAGAGAUUCAAGAGGACGAGCGCACCAUUGAGCCGCUGACAUACGGCCGGAUCGGCUCCUACUACUACCUCCGGCACCAGACCGUGCGCAUGUUCAAGGAGCGGCUCAAGGCAGAGCUACCACUGGCAGACCUGCUCUCCGUCCUCACGGAAGCGGAGGAGUAUGCGGAGCUGCCCGUGCGGCACAACGAGGACCAGCUGAACAGCGAGCUGGCUCAGCGGCUCCCCCUGCAGGUGAACCCGCACUCGUUCGACAGCGCGCACACCAAGACCCACCUGCUGCUGCAGGCCCACUACAGCCGCGCCACCCUGCCCUGCUCCGACUACGCCACCGACACCAAGACCGUGCUGGACAACGCCAUACGCAUCUGCCAGGCCAUGCUGGACGUGGUGGCCAACGAGGGCUGGUUGGUGGCGGCUCUCAGCAUCUGUAACCUGGUGCAGAUGACCGUGCAGGGACGCUGGCUGCACGACUCCUCCCUCCUCACACUGCCUCACAUCGAGCAGCAGCACCUCUACCUCUUCAGGAGGUGGGGCUCCAGAGGAGGGAGAGGCGGGGCUUACGACGGACCAAUCGAGAGCCUGCCCGAGCUGAUGGCGGCGUGCGAUGGGCGGGAGGGCACGUUCGCCUCCAUGGUGAGAGACGAGCUGUCGCCCAACCAGGUUUCCCAGGCGUGGUGUUUCCUGGCUCAGCUGCCGGUGCUGGAGGUGAGCGUGAGCGUGCGGGGCUGGUGGGACGGCGCGGGCGCGGGCGCGGGCGAGCAGAACGAGCGGCCGGUGUCGCUGGCCGCCGCCAGCCUGCGGGAGGGCAGCAGCUGGCUACCGCUGCACGCCGACCAGGAGUACGUGCUGCAGGUCACCCUGCGCCGGGUCAACGCCGGACACCAGCGGAGAAAGCAGGACAGCAAGGCCCAGGCUCCUCGGUUCCCCAAGCCUAAGGACGAGGGCUGGUUCCUGGUGCUGGGAGAGGUAGAGCGGAGAGAGCUGCUGGCCGUCAAGCGUGUGGGCUACGUGAGGAACAACACCUCCGUCUCCUUGGCCUUCUACACGCCAGAGAGGCCCGGCAAGUGUGUUUACACUGUCUACCUGAUGAGCGACAGCUACUUGGGCUUGGACCAGCAGUACGACCUCCACCUCAACAUCACAGAGGCCAGCGUCCAAGCCAAGGUCAACACCGACGUUUCCGAGAGCGCCGCCAACAUGACCCUAGAGUGACCCCGGCAGAGGCUCGUGCCUUUUGGGGGGAAGAGAGAGGGGAAGCGUCCGAGGGCGUCCCAGUCCAGGCCGCUCCUGCUCUCCGACCCAAAAACAAACCUCAUCUGCCUUCAUCUCAAGGGCUCCAGUUCUGUGUCCAGGCCUACGAUCCAACACAGGGACUGGACUUCACGUUUGACCAAAGAGGCCUUUCAUCUGAAAGUCUCCUUCCUCCGCGGGACACAACAUGGGUGUAUUUAAUUCAGAUUUCAAAUGUUGAUUGGGCACAAAGGACAUGACGAAGGACAUUUUAAAGGACAUUGUGCACAUGAACAAUGACCUUGAGCUGAAGCUCAGCUCUGACUUUUCCCCCCACCCCCCCAAUCCCCAAACGCUGUGCUGGAAGUAAAGGAGUGUGUGUGUGUGUGUGCCAAUGGCGUAGUCGGAGGGAUGGCUGAGGAAGAGGGGGGGGGCAUGUUCUGAUGAAGUCGUCACUCUUACUGCAGCGGCUCCAAGGAUGGGGAGGAUUUGGCUGUUUACGUUUGCAGUGUGGUGUAACUGAGAUGGCCUGGGGGAAGGGGUAGAGGGAGAAAAACAGCCACUCACAGGUUUCUGGAGACAAAGUGUGUGUGUGUGUGUGUGUGUGUGUGUGUGUGUGUGUGUGUGUGUGUGUGUGUGUGUGUGUGUGUGUGUGUGUGUGUGUGUGUGUGUGUGUGUGUGUGUGUGUGUGUGUGUGUGUGUGUGUGUGUGUGUGUGUGUGUGGAUGAGCUUAGACUAGAGCAUUUUGGGCCAAAGGAGAUGUGGAAUUCCAUACAGGUGUGUUAAACAUGCUGCCCACUGUGCACGACUCCGCUCUAUGCCAAGCUGUCACAUCUGUUUUGCCAAAUGCACACACACACACACUCAGAGCCAUUCCUUGCUGAAGGCUCAUUUCUCACCAGUAACAUACACAGGCUCCACAGUCGUCAUGGAAACCUUGCUUCACACACAUAGGUAUGAUGGAAGAUUUAAUCAAAGCCACAUCAUUAAGAUUGGUUAUUUCCGUUGGGUUUUGACAGGGAUAGGAGAAAAAAAUAUACAUGAAAAGUUUUGAAAUAUUGCUGCAACUGGGUCAACAGCUCAGCAUAAACAUUGGGAAAGCUUUUUGGAAAGAAAAAAAGGGAGGGGUAUUUUUAUUUUGUUAUGAUUGGGUUCUGUUUAUUUUUUUUUAUUUUUUUUGAAGUUCACCCAGUUUAAUGACUUAUUCUGGGCAAGAAAAUAAAGAGAUGGAAAUUUGAA